AUGCGCGCGGCGGCGGACCUGUCGCCGUGGCUGCUGCUUGUCCGGUUUGUGCUGGCGCUGAGCAUCGCAGUCGCAGCCGGGGCCGCGGCCGCGGCCGGCCCGCAGGCCCCGAACAAAGCCGCCAAUGUGCACACCGUCUUCCUGAAUGACUGCACGCUCUACUCCGACUGGCAGACGGUCGUGAUGGUGUUUGGCUGGCGCCAGAGCGGCCAGCCGGGGCCCAUUACACGCGUGGCCUGCUGCACGCCCGAGGACAAGACGACCUACCUCGAGUCCCGCAAAGGCCUCCUGGACCUCGUCCCGACCCACAUCGCCCCCAGCUACGCGCACCACCCGCGCACGGGCGACGACUACGCCGCGUACAACAAGCCCGCCGGCGUGAUGGACUGGCUGGACAAGGCGCCGCCAGAGGAGGAAUUCAUCCUGGUCCUCGACAGCGACAUGAUACUCCGCCGCCCCUUCAUCCCUGCAGAGUACAUGCAGCUGGAGCGCGGCUGGGCGACGGGCGCGCGGUACGAUUACCUCAUCGGCGUCGACAACGACCUGGCGGAGCGCCACGUCAGCAGCAUCGCGCGGCGCACAGACACUCUGGCCGGCCCAGUGGGGCGGCGCGCGGACCGCGUCGGGGGCUUCUAUUACAUACACCGCGACGACCUCAAGCGGCUGGCGCCGCUGUGGCUAAAGUACUCGGAGGACGUCAGAGCAGAUCCUGAGGUGGCGGGCGACCUCUACAGCAAGAGGGCCGGCGAGAAGCCCUGGAUAUCGGAGAUGUACGGUUACGUAUUUGGCGCCGCCCAUCUUGGUAUCUGGCACAAGUGGGAUGAGUCGUCUAUGAUUUAUCCAGGCUACCAGCCCACUGGUGUGCCGCGCAUCCUGCAUUAUGGGCUGCUCUGGCACCUGCAGUACCACAAGGGCGCCUGGAGCUUUGACAAGCACUGCGAGCUGAGACCAGGGCUGUCUCGAGCAGAGCGCUAUCGGGAUCUGCUGUCCAUUGAGGUGGUCCACACCCUCAACGCGGCCACCUGUGAGUACCACCUGCGCAACUGCCCCCCCAGCGAGCAGCUGGUCCGUUUGUGCACCGUGGCCAACGCGGCGUAUGAGGAGACCGUGCAGGAGCUGCGCCAGCUGGAUGCCGAGAUGGCCUGCACCGACUCAAACGAGCUGUCGCCUCUCCUGCAAGCUCUGCACCCGGUCGGGCCCUGA